UUUAUUUUUUUUACCCCCUAAACACAUGAGAAGUGUCAACUUUGGAUCUCAGAAAUGCAAUCGCCAAGUGCGAAAAGAAUUUCAUUACAGGUGAUAUAUUAUUUGAUAUUCAAAAUUUUUUUUUCUUUUUUUCCGUGAGUGUAGUGGAUUGUAAGAAAUGAAACUGUUUACGAAAUGAGACAUAUAGUACCAUAAAUUGGCGCUAACAUAUAAAAAUCAAUUACAUUAAUUAUUUUAAUCAAUCAAAUUGCAAUAUUACGAUAUUUAUUGUAGCAUCAUAUGCGAAUAUUUAUUUUUGGUCAACGGUCUUAUUCCAUGAUUACAAACUUGAGAUGUUUGUAUGCCCAGGGUUGGCAAAAUAGGUGAUGCCAGAAUUUACAUUUUUGUAGCACAUAGCACAUUGCGGUGAAAAAUAAAAUGCUGACAACUCCAUCUUCUUUUGUUUUGAUGUUUUACAUCAUCAAGUAUGACCUUUUUUCUGAUAGUUUCGAAUGCGAUAAAAAAAAUUCGCAAAAAAAUGUUGCCUCUUGGAUAUUAUUCGCCAGGACAUACUCAAAUUUUGCGUCAAUUCCGUGUCAAUUGCUGAAUUUCAACUUGAUCAGAUUCGCAUUUUCGUAAAUACGGAAAGAAAUUUUUCUACGCAGCGAUGUGCGAGUCAAUUAUCUGGAUAGGUGACCGCUUAUGAAUUCGGACGCGUGCGCAAAAGCUUCUGACUUACCUUAGUUCUUUUUCCAUUCUUCUUUUUGUGAAAAAGAAAACAAUAAAGAAUAAAGGUUUAUUUCUGUGAUUUGGUUGAAUAUAUUUUAAAUGAUUUCCGGGAAUCACAACAGUGCCUAGACCAUUAGGGGGUGGUUUGUCUACGAGCUUGAGUUCAUUUAGUGGUUGUCUUACCUAGUAAAGAGGAUGAAGUGGCUUACAUGUUUUAAACAUGUCUUUAUUGUUUCAAAGAAGAAAAAAGGCGAAACAGAUGAGGGAGAUUCAGAAGGAGGGUUCGAAUUCUAUCGAAAUGAUGUGAGGAAACCCGACAAUUCAAAAAAGGGAAAAAGAAUGGAAAAACAACCGUUUCGCGCUAGAAACGCGCGGGAAGAACGAGAAAGAAGAGUAUACAUUUCAGCAAGUUUCUCGAAACUGAACGAUCUCAGAUAUUCGGAUCACGAUUCUGAUUUGCGAAAGAAGGUUCUUGUUUGGAAUACACUGAAAUAUGCAGCAUCCUGUAGAGAAGCAGCCUGGGUGAGCACACCGAUACGAGUUUGAUUUUUAUAUGUGGCGUAUAGUCUUAUGUGAUAUCUGUUGUU